AAGGGAAAAAAAGAGGGCCCCUGAACCAGGAAGUGGAACAGGCUGGGCCCUGACACAGAGGUGGAGCUGAUGCUGCAGCAGAGCGAGCAGCCUGCAGCACAGGGGGCCUGAUGCUCAGCGCCAGGGCAGAGGCGACGGGGAGCCACAGGGCUGGUGAGAUGGAAGUUCCCCCAGCAAGCUGGCUGAAGAGAUUUGACAAGCCGUCCCGUCUCCUCCUCCAUGCGCUGAGGUCCUGCGACGAGCCGGGCCGGGCGUUCCACUGGCAGCUCUUCACAGAGACCUUGUGUGCGGAGGAGCCCGUGCUGCGGGGGCCCAAGAGGACUCUCACUUUGAAGCCGAUCCUGCUGCUGCUUCCUGUGCUGUGCCGGAGAAACCUCUUCUCCCUGCUGCACAUGGAGCAUGGCCGCGUGCCGAAGGACUGCCUCAGCCGGCUGCUGCAGGCCACCGGGAAAGAUCCCAACCCAGACCUGUGGGUACAGGCACUGGGGAAGCUGCUUCAGAGGGGACUGAGCGAAGAGAGGAGCCAUUUGACCCCCGUGCCACUGACAGACACGUGCCGGCAGCAGCUGAGAAGUCUGUGCCAGAAGAUCGUGAGUGGCCCUCAAAGCAAACUGGACUUGGAAAGGAAAUGGGGCUGGUUCACCCCGGAGCAUCCAGACCCCGAACUCUGGCCUGCUGGGGAUGCAGCCGGCUCUGCAGCUCAGCUUGGGAAACGCAAGCAAGCUGCUGAGGAGAGUCUGGACCCCGGAGGGGAGAGGCAGAGGAAAAGGUCCCGGCUGGAAGAGGACGGGUCGGACCUGGAACUUCUGGCAGGAUGCGUCUUUGGGAAAGGCGCUGGUGCUAAGGAGGAUGGAAUUGCUCUGGAGGAGUCUGGACAUGAGUCCGUUCAGAGCCCAGUCCGGGGGGCGAAUGAAAACGCCCAACGGGACGCAGUCGUGGAGAUGAGAGAGGCCAGUCAGGGUUCCCAGCAGGACACCUCAGCAAAAGUCCCUGAUUGUCUGCAGAUGCAAAUACCUAGACUUAAGAUGCUACUAGAGAUGGAGUCAGAUCAAACAGAUGGCACCGCCCCUCCCGAACUGCAGGUCCUGAACGAAUGCACCCCUGGCCAGCUGGAGGGACUGUGCUCCUUGCUCCAGUUCUCGGAGAGCCCGGAACGCGCCCUUGUGCAUUUCUGCACCUGGCUGCUGGCUCUCACGCCCGAGCUCAGCCACUCCAACGCAGCGGUGCUGACGGAGCAGCUCUUCCUCCAGCGGGUUCUCGCGCUGACCCAGCCGGCCUCCCGCCAUCUCGUGGCUGCGCUGACCUCAUUCUGCUCCAAGUACGCUCGGCCAGUCUGCUCUGCCUUGAUCGUGCCAGCCCUGUGGGCCCCGGGAGCAGGCCCCGCGCGGACCCAGCUGGUGUGCGAGCUGAUCGAGGACUGCCUGGAGCCAGAGUAUGUGAGGCUGCUACUCAGCCAGGUCCUGGAGAUGCCUUGGUCAGGGGAGCUCCUCACUGUUGUGCAGACGUUACUGGGAAAGCAGGUGGAGCUGCCCCCUGAGCUCUUUAACCUCCUGGUCCUGAAACUGUGCCGGCUGGCCCAGGAGUUGGCGCAGUCGAUGAAUUACGCCAAGGUGAUGAUGGCUGUGCUGACAAUCUACAGCGGCAAUAUUACGCCGGCCCACCGGAGCCAUAUAUCUGGCGCGCUGGAUCUCAACCACACUGCGCUCCGGAAAUCUCUGCAGGCUGCCCUGGAGAAAGUGGCUCCCAGGUGAAAAAAUGAAGUUGCCCACGCACACGUGCCGGCCGUCCUAAUGGAACAGAGCAGUAAAAUGACCUGGAGCCACCGAGGAUCUGGCAGGGUGGAAGAGGGCCCUUUUACCACUAGUGACUGUGAUGAGCGCUCUCUAACACAGGAAGAGGGCGGCUUUCAGAGCUGUAGUUACAGGCAGCAUAAUGGAGCUGUGAGAGUAAUGCCAGACUGGUGCCCCACAGCAUACGUCUGAAACGAAAACAUUUGUUGAGCGACUUCAAGAGGCAACCUGGCUCCCCCUUCAUCUAAAAGAUUCUGUGUAUGGAAAAUCCCAUAACUAAGGCAGAACUAAAAUUCUAGGGGAACUCCCGGCGUAACUCCCCUUAUUAACACCCCAUCUGUCCAAGGCACCUGUGUUCCUACUUGGGCUGUUUUCUUGCAUAAAAACUCUUCACGCACGAUGGCGCUCUCUGUAUAUUUGGAUCUCCUAAAGCAGAGGGUUUCUUGGCUAAGCUAGCUGAUGCUAGAGCAAACCAGCUCUCUGUAAAAACUAGUUUGGAUGAAAUAACUUCCUCUCCCUCCAGACCUUGACCUUCCUGGAGGUUCAGACUCCUCCGCCUUUUUACUUUCCCUUCGUGCAAGUGCCAAAAUAGCUGAUGAGGCUAGACUAUGAGCAGGCAGCACUAAAAACCUCUUCUCAUGAAACUUCCAGCCCAGUUGGGAAAGCAGAUGGCAUCGCUGAGGUGUUGAUUAAAACCAAACUGAGUGAACUGGAGAUGUUAUUGGGUAAGAGCAGUUUAUAAAGUGAGCCCUUUAUAAGUGAACUCCUUGCUCCAAAGGAAUGAAAUGUUUACAGGGGACCUGCCCAUGGGUUUCUGCAGUAAGCAUUCCCCCAACCCCUGCAGAAGAGAGCUUCAGCCUCUGUUAUCUCAGGAAAGGAGACAGUUUGCCUCUGGGUGUCUUCAACACUCAGUCUUGUCCUUUGGGCUCACUCACUUUGUGUUCAUUGAAGGGAUGUUAAAUUGCAAGUCA